AUGGCCGUGCAGCCAACAGUUGCAAGCAAGCAUGAUGCAGCCGUGGUCCACGCCGCCUCCGCCAAGGGCGCUAAGCAGGCCCCUGCGAAGGCCGCCAAGCCCUCCAAAAAGCUGGUCGUUGCCCCAGUCCUCUCGUCCGCCGCUGGGGCCGUCGCGCUGAUGCCCGGCCUCAAGACUGUCUCAAAGCCGUCCGCGGAAGACCAAAUGGCUCAGCUGAUGGGCAUGCUGCAGACGCCCGAGGAGGUGGUCAAGAACAGCGAGCUCGUGACCGUCCCGAACGACCUCCAGGCCAGGCUUGCGCGCCUGGCCUCCGCCGCAAUGAACGGCACCAAGAUCGUGCUGCCUGCCGACGUGCAGUCGGAGCUGAUGCAGGUGCUCAAGGUGGCGGGGAGCCACGGGAGGGACAUACUCGUGCCGGCAGGGUCGACGGGGUUGGUGUUUUCGCCGGAGAUCCAGGCGCUGAUUGAGACCGGCGGGUGA